AUGGCAUCACUCGGGCUGGACUUUGAUGCCAACAGCGGCUGCUUUACUUCCUCGACCUCGACCUCGGCCCAGCAGAACCUCGCGACCCGCGCGGUGCCGCACCCGCCCAUCGGCACGCGCCGAGCUUUCCCGAACCCGAAGAUGCAGAUCUCCCUGCCAGAGAGUGAGACGGAGGAGUAUCCCGACUUCCCGGCUUAUCCCCCAGAGGCAGUUGAAGUGAGGAACACGUUCAUCCACGUGGCAAGCCCGGGCGUGGAGGAAGUCGAUCGCCGCCCUGCGCUGUCUUGCCCAGCCAGUCACAUCGGCUGGCUCCACGAUAUUUUCGAGGAGGAUACGCCGCUGCCCCCGGCGAAGAAGGAGACGCCCCGGGCACCCUCCUCCAGCCUGCGGCCUGUGAUUCGCUUGGAAGAUGCGCUCGCGGACAGCGGGCCACGGGACCCUUAUCCCGUUGGCCCGAUGCGGCAGAACCAGUGGGGCGCCCGCCUGCAAGUGCCGAUGCCACUUGAGGGGCCUGACCUCGCUAACCUGUCCAACCUGUCCAGGGUGCCAGCCAUGCCCGUCCUCCCAGCGCCCCAGGAGCCCGCCCCCGGGUCCCCGGAGCUGCCAAGCGUCGGCUCCAAGGGUCACCACCGCGGGGACUGCCGGCCUUGUGGCUUCCUCUAUGCCAAGGGCUGCAUCAAUGGGGCCAUGUGCACCUUCUGCCACCUCUGUGAUCGUGGGGCGAAGAAGCGUCGCCAGAAGGCAAAGAAAGCCGCCUUAAAGGGCGGCGCCUGA